AUGUCUAUUCAUUUCUGGAAGGUUUGGCAUAGGGCUUUGAGUGUAGAUGACAGAUUGCGCCGUGUUGGCCUCCCUAUUGUUUCCAAAUGUGAUUGUUGUAGUGCAGGUCAUUAUGAAAACAUUAACCAUGUUCUCAUUGAGGGAGAUUUUCCUAAACAGAUAUGGUCCUUUUUUGGUAACCUCUUCGGACUUCCAGUUGGUAGUAAUUGGAAGCUGCAUGUCUCCUCUUGGUUCCGACGUGCUCAGUCAAAUUCUCAUAUGGGUAUUAUUAUUUGUUUGCUCCCUGUCAUUAUUACUUGGAGAAUUUGGAGACGGCGAUGUCUAGCUCGAAUGGAGGGUAAAUUAGAAAAUCAAGAUGCGGUCAUUAAAUCUAUUUGGAUUUGGAUUGGUACUCUUUGCCAGGCAGAUGGAAAUCAUCAUAGUUUGUCCCGCUAUGAUGCCAUGAUCCUUGAGACUUUACAGAUUCAACCGGUUCCUUUAAAGGAAAGGCGAUGCAAAUUAGUCAAGUGCCAUAAAUUGCCUUCAGGGUGGUUUGAAUUGAAUACAGAUGGUAGUAGUCUUGGGAACCCAGGUGCUAGUGGUAUUGGUGGAGUUAUUCGCAAUGAUCAGGGUCGGCUUGUGCAGGGUUUCGCCUCUCCUAUUGGUUUUGGCUCUAAUAAUAAAGCGAAGUUAUUUGCACUUCUUACUGGUUUGCGACUUUGCAAAUCUCUUCAUAUUCUGAAUGUGAUUGUAGAGGUUGACUCUUUGGUGAUUAUAUCUUGGUGGAAUAGGGGGAGGUGUGGGAUUUGGUACCUAGAGGACUAUUGGGAAGAAAUUGUUAGUUUGACUAAAGUCAUUAAUUGUCGGUUUCAACAUGUGUUAUGCGAAGGGAAUAAGAUGACGGAUUGGUUGGUAGAGGAUGGUGCUAAUGGUGUUGAUUUGGUAUAUACAAAUAAUUCUAUUUUGCCUCAAGCCCUUAGAGGUUUAUUGCGUUUGGACUUGACUAGUAUUCCUUCAUUAAGAUGUUGUUGA